UAUAGUCAUGUGACCCGGAACAUCAACUUUCUCCAUGUUGUAAAAUAAUAGCAAAAGAGGAAUUGAUAAAAAGAAAAUCCUGUUUCCCCAACAAUAAGGCUUCAUGAUUUGAUAACACGCCACUUAACUUUAUCAAUGUCUAAUAGCGGCACAUUACAGAAAGCUAUUGACUUGGUGACAAAAGCAACAGAAGAAGAUAAAAACAAGAAUUAUGAAGAAGCACUAAGAUUAUAUGAACAUGCUGUAGAGUAUUUUCUUCAUGCUAUGAAAUAUGAAGCACAAAGUGAUAAAGCUAAAGAUAGUAUACGAUCAAAAUGUGCCCAGUACUUAGACAGAGCAGAAAAAUUAAAACAAUACCUUGCUAAAGGCAGCAAGAAAAAGGCUGUUCCUGAUGGUGGUACACCUGGCUCAAGUAAAGGAAAGAAAAAUGGAGAUAAAAAGAAUGAGAGUGACUCUGACUCAGAGGAGGAUCCUGAGAAGAAAAAGUUCAGUGAUCAAAUUUCAGGAGCUAUUGUAAUGGAGAGACCCAAUGUCAAAUGGGAUGAUGUAGCCGGAUUAUUUCAGGCCAAAGAAGCAUUAAAAGAAGCUGUUAUUUUACCCGUAAAAUUUCCUCAUUUAUUCACAGGAAAACGACGGCCUUGGCAAGGAAUUCUACUGUAUGGACCUCCAGGUACAGGGAAAUCUUAUCUUGCCAAAGCAGUGGCAACAGAGGCUGAUAACUCUACUUUCUUUUCUGUGUCAUCAGCUGAUUUAGUAUCUAAAUGGCUGGGAGAAAGUGAAAAAUUAGUACGAACAUUAUUUGCUACAGCAAGAGAAAACAAACCAAGUAUAAUCUUUAUAGAUGAAGUAGAUGCAUUGUGUGGAUCUCGUAGUGAAAAUGAAUCUGAGUCAGCCAGGAGAAUAAAGACUGAAUUCCUAGUCCAGAUGCAGGGGGUUGGGGUAGAUAAUAAAAAUGUCCUUGUAUUAGGAGCUACAAAUAUACCAUGGGUGUUAGACUCCGCUAUUAGAAGAAGAUUUGAGAAGAGAAUUCACAUCCCAUUACCAGAAGCUCCUGCGAGAACAGAAAUGUUUAAAUUACAUUUGGGUAAUACACCACACACUAUAUCAGAGGAGGACUUCAGAGAGUUAGGAAAGAGGACUGAUGGAUUUUCAGGAGCUGAUGUAUCAAUUGUUGUGAGAGAUGCUUUAAUGCAACCUGUCAGAAAAGUUCAAAAUGCAACACAUUUCAGACGGGUACGAGGCCCAUGUAGGAAGGAUCCAGAUACUAUAGUAGAUGACCUUUUGACCCCCUGUUCCCCCGGAGCUCCAGGAGCUAUGGAAAUGAGUUGGAUGGAUGUACCUGGAGAAAAAUUAUUAGAACCUAUUGUAUCUAUGAAUGACAUGCUGGCAUCACUAGCAAACAGUAAACCUACCGUUAAUGACACUGAUUUGAAGAAACUGGAAGAAUUUACACAUGAUUUUGGUUCAGAAGGAUAGUUGUUUGUGAUAGUUGUUAAAUUAUUGACUUUUAUUUGACAAAUCUGUAAUAUCUUAUCAUACACCAUUAUUUAUCUAGUAUUAUUUACUGUAAAAAUUGUAUGUAAAAAUAAAACUGCUGUUCAGUUUAGUACAAAGUAACUGAAAUAAUCCCAUGGAUAUGGGAUUCAAUCCUUGUAACCUGCCAUUGGAUGUCUUAAUUUAAAUAGUAAUUUGGUAAAUAUCACAGUUCAUGCAGUUUUCUCAAUUAAACAAUUGUUUCAUAUAGUAGACAAUUUUUCUGACUUUUUAACACAUAUUGAAAUGAUUGUAAUCUCCAACUGUAGAGUCAAUUAUUUGUUAAAACUUUAUCAGUUUUAAAUAAAAGCAUGAGUUAGCAAUCAUUAUGCUUUUUUUCAAUUCAAAGGCCAAUUGCAAAAAACAAUACCAUUAAAAAGGCUCAAUGUUAUUGCUGUUAAAAGUGAGAUCAUUCAUCAAAGUGCUAUUUACAUACUGUUUUGUUUAAGUGCUGUAAUAAAAAAAAAUGUACAUUUAGAUUAUAUUUAUUUGUAUGUGAGCUAUGAGUUAACCAAUAUUUAAAAACACUUGGGUAUUUGAUAUUUUUAUGUUUUUUAUGUACAUUUUAUAGCAUUGUAAAAAUUGUGACUGCUUUUGUUCUGUUGAGUUUCAAUAGGUCUUAAAUUAUUCUUCAUUUGUUGAAAUGUAACUGUGUGUUCUAUUGAUUAUUUUUUAAUCCGAUGUGUAGAUUUUUCAGAAAUUAGAAUGCUUACAGUGGCAUAUUAUUAAGCAACAAAGACUGUUUUGAUCUUAGAAAUAACAGAAAUUUGCAAUUAUGAAUUAACCAAUAUAUUGUAAAGAUAUUGUGUUUCAUUUAACCUUUCAAAGCCUUCUUCAUCAUCUCCAAAUGUUGCCUGUCAAAUGCAUGCAGUGUGUCUGGUCAUUAUGACAUUAUCUAUUUUCUAGAAGUAAAAAUUCUACAUGACAUAAUUUUUAGUUCCUUAAACAUGGAUCUUACAGGUUGAUUGAUACACUGAAUUGUCACUUUCAAACAAUAAAGUUUAGGUUAAACCAUGCAUUCCUUACUGCCUAUGUUCUUGGUGUAUUCUUAUGAUUUCUUUUCUUUUCUUGUCAUUAUUCUGUCUUUCAUUUCUUUUUCUCUGUUUUGUAUGUACAACAAUAUAUUUUAUAUAUUUGGUUCAUAAUUUGUCUUCUCAGCAAUUUUAAAUCCAUGCACAAUCAUUGUUUCAUGAAUUUAUGAAAUGAAGUAAGAAAUUUUUACUUCUAAAAUUUAUUUAGUAAUUUGAUUUCACUCAUUAAUUGGUUGUUUAAUAAAGUUCUUGAUCAAUGUGAUUAAAAUAUUUCAUUUUAAGUAUGCUUAAGGAUGAUUUCUAUUGGUCAUGUCAUAAAUUAGAGACAUCCUGGAUGGAAGACAAAAGUCAUCAAAAAUAAAGACUUUAAACAGUGGAAAUGAACAUGCAAAAUGGGAGUUAAGGGAUUGAUGUUUUAGUUAUAUAGAUAUAUCUGAAGCACCUUAAGUGUUCUUUGAUUAAUGAAUGGUUCUUAGCACUCUUAUCAUACAGAGGAUGUUUAAGAUAUAUCAAACACAGUUAAAUAAUCCUACAAUAUUUAGACGGAAAUAAAAUGGGAUGGUAGGUUGAGAAAGAACAAUGUGUAAGAUUGUGAUAUUUUGAUGGGCAUGUAAAUAUCAUUUAUAUAUCUUCCAAUUACUGAACCUGUUUUUCUAAUCUUUGUAGACAGUUCAGAUUAUACUGUUGUUAAUAAAUUGAUUCUGAAAUA